AUGAGCGGCUGUAAGUAUGCUGCGAUUCCUCCAGCUGCGCUCACCAACUGCGCUCACCAACUGCGCUUCGUCGAGCUCCGGUUCUUGUCGCUCGUGCGGCCUUUCAUGUCCGUCCUGCCCGAGGUAGCGGCACCGGAACGUAAAGUGCCCUUCGAGAGCCGAGUCAUGUGGACUGCUAUCGUCCUCGCCAUUUUCCUCGUCUCCUCUCAGAUCCCUCUCUAUGGUAUCGUCUCCAGUGACAGCUCCGACCCGCUCUACUGGAUGCGUGUCAUUCUCGCUUCCAAUCGUGGUACCCUCAUGGAACUCGGUAUCUCGCCCAUCGUCACCUCCGGUAUGAUCAUGCAGCUCCUUGCCGGUGCCAACCUGGUCGAAGUCGACUUCAGCCUCAAGGAGGACCGUGCCCUCUUCGGUGGUGCCCAGAAGCUUUUCGCCCUUAUCAUCUCGCUCGGUCAGGCUACCGUCUACGUUCUCACUGGUCUCUACGGUCAGCCCAAGGAUCUCGGUGCCGGUGUCUGUCUCCUUCUCAUUCUUCAGCUUGUCGUCGCAGGUCUCAUCGUCAUCUUGCUCGAUGAGCUCCUCCAGAAGGGCUAUGGUCUUGGCUCCGGUAUCUCGCUUUUCAUUGCUACCAACAUUUGCGAGUCCAUCGUCUGGAAGGCCUUCUCGCCCACCACCGUCAACACUGGCCGUGGUCCCGAGUUCGAGGGUGCCCUUGUUGCUCUCUUCCACCUUCUCUUCACCUGGAACGACAAGUCGCGUGCCCUUAAGGAGGCUCUCUACCGUGACCGUCUCCCCAACGUCAUGAACCUUUUGGCCACCCUUCUCAUCUUCCUUGUCGUCAUCUACCUCCAGGGCUUCCGUAUCGAGAUCCCUGUUAAGUCCAACCGAUUCCGUGGCCAGCGUGGUACCUAUCCCGUCAAGCUCUUCUACACCUCCAACAUGCCUAUCAUGCUCGAGUCUGCCCUCACCUCCAACGUCUUCAUCAUCAGCCAGAUGCUAGCCUCGCGUUUCCCCACCAACCUCUUCGUCAAGUUGCUCGGUGUUUGGGAGCCCAUGGAGGACAGUGCUCAGCUCCAUGCCGUUGGUGGUAUCGCUUACUACAUGUCGGCUCCUCACAACUUCAAGGAGGUUAUCGGCGACCCCAUUCACACUGCCAUCUACAUCGCCUUCACUCUAACCGCCUGCGCCCUCUUCUCCAAGACUUGGAUCGAGGUCUCUGGCUCGGGUCCACGUGAGGUUGCCAAGCAGCUCAAGGACAACCAGAUGGUCAUGGCCGGUCACCGUGACGCUUCCAUGUACAAGGAGCUCAAGCGCGUCAUCCCCACCGCUGCCGCUUUCGGCGGAGCUACUAUUGGUGCUCUGUCCGUUUGCGCUGACCUCAUUGGCGCCUUUGGUUCCGGUACGGGUAUCUUGCUUGCCGUCACCAUCAUCUACUCGUACUUCGAGAUUGGCAUGCGCGAGGCUGGAGGCCCCGAGAUGGCUGCCAUGGGCGAGCUCUUCGGUUAA